AUGUUGGCCAUCACACAGCACGCCCACGAGCCGCAGGACCUCACCAUGGCAGUCCUGGGCUGCGGCACCAUGGGCAUCGCGAUCCUCUCGGGCAUCCUGGCCUCGCUGCAGCAGAUGUCGGGGCCGAAACCGCUGCAGUCGCCCAGCGGAUCGACCCCGCGCGACGACGUGCCCUCGCGCCUACCCUCGCGCUUCAUCGCCUGCGUGCGGCGGCCCGAGUCGGCCAAGCGCGUGAAAAAGGCCUUAUGGGAGCACAGUGCCUCCCUGAAGGUCGUGCAGAACGAGAACGUGUCCGCCGUUUCGCGGUCCGAAGUCGUGCUGCUCUCGUGCAAGGCGUCGAUGGUCGAGGAGCUUCUCAGCGAGCCGGGGAUGGCCAAGGCGCUGCGCGGCAAGCUGCUGAUCAGCAUCUGCGCGGGCAUCACGACGCCGCACAUCGAGAAGAUCCUGCAGGGCGCGGUGCCGGAGCAGGAGCAGGCGCCCGAGGACGACAAGGACAACGACGGCAGGUGCAGAGUCGUGCUCGCGAUGCCGGCGACGACGAGCGUCAUCCGCGAGAGCAUGACCGUCAUCGCGACGAGCAUGCCACCGCUGCCGCCGCAGAUCUCGUCCCUCGUGACGUGGAUCUUCCGCCGCAUCGGCGACGUCGUCUACCUGCCGCCGACCAACAUGGACGCGUCGACGGCGCUCUGCGGCUCCGGCCCGGCCUUCUUCGCGCUCGUGCUCGAGGCUGCCAUCGACGGCGCUGUGGCCAUGGGCCUGCCGCGCGCCGAGGCCACCCGCAUGGCCGCGCAGACUAUGAGGGGCACUGCGAGUCUGGUCCUCAGCGGCGAACACCCUGCCAUGAUUCGCGACAAGGUCACGACUCCUGCCGGCUGCACCAUCGGCGGGCUCCUGGUGCUGGAGGAGGGCUGCGUGAGAGGGACGGUCUCGAGGGCAGUGAGGGAAGCCACGGGUGUGGCGAGUCAGCUGGGCCAAGGUAUCCAGGGUGUGAACGGGACCAGACGUUAG